AUGUCUGACAUUUACUCACAGACCGUCGAGCUCCCCAAGUCGUCCAUUUCGCUCGCGGAAUACAAGGACAAGACGCUGCUGCUGGUCAAUGUCGCGUCCAAGUGCGGUCUCACUCCCCAGUACAAAGACUUGCAGGCACUGCACGAGAAGUACUCUGACAAGGGGUUGGUCAUCAUCGGCUUCCCCUGCAACCAGUUCAAGGCACAAGAACCAGGAACCGACGAUGAGGUCCUCCAGUUCUGCCAGAUGAACUACGGAGUCACCUUCCCUAUCGCCAAGAAGGGCGACGUCAAUGGUCCGGAGACACAGCCCAUCUGGAAGACCCUCAAGGCAUCCGCUCAGCCGCCCAUUCAGGAUAUCGACUGGAACUUCUCCAAGUUCCUCGUCAAGGAUGGCAAGGUCACCUUCUUCCCCGCUCGGACAACCAAAGUCAGCGAUGUCGAAGCGGCUCUUUGA